UUUUAAUGUAUUACAAUAUUGAUGAUAUUUUGUGUGAAGAUCAUCUUGUAGAAUGUAGAUUAGAAGUUGAUUUGUAUAAGGGAAUAUUUUUAGAUAAAGAAGCACAUAUAGAAGAUGGAAAUUUAUAAAGAGGACAUGUUAUGAAAUUACCAUUUUGGAUGGCAAAAAUAAUGUCUGAAUAAGAAUAUGAUGGGAUUUAAUUAGUAUAAGUUGAAAUAUUGGAAAUAUUUGAAGAUGAAAUAUAAAAACAUUUAGAUGCAGAUCCAACAAUAGUGAAUCUUAAAUAAUAUUCACCUUAUUAUUAUUAAUUAGGAUUUAAAAUGGCUGAUAUGAUUCCAAAUGAAAUUAGAUUAGAAGGAUUUAGAGGAGCAAAUAAACUUAGAGAAACAUUAAUUGAGACUCUAAAAAAGAGGUAUGAUAUAAUGAUAUAAGAUCAAUUUAGGUGAUUUUUCAAUUAGUUUAAUCCAAAUUAGAAGAAUUGAAUAUAUUGACUGAAGAUGAAAAAUAAAAUUUCUAUCUAUCUAAAGGAAUCAAAUUGUAAUAUGAAAAAUGGGAAUAAAGAUUGACUAGGAGAUAAAAAAAUGAUAUCCCUAAUAAAAAACUUAAAGAAUUAUGA